CUUCCCGAAAGAGCAAAUAAUGCACACAACACCAGCAAACAACCUGCCAACACACACACACAGAACAGAAGCGCGAAGAUUAAAACAACCCAACCCAAAGCUCGAACGUAAUGACAAGCCAUCAACCCCAUCGACCCCAGCAACGCCCCAGCAAAUCCAUUUCCGCUUCCGCUUCCGCCACCAACAUGACCACUCCCCAACCACCGCCCUACCCUCGCCACACUACUACUGCUGCUGCUCCUAAACUCAUCCUCCGCUUCCCAAAGCACAUCUGGAACGCCUAUACUCCCAGCUCUUCCUCUACCCCUACUCCUAUCCCUAUCCCUAUCCCUUCAUCCCUUUCAUCCCGCAAACCCAAACCCAAACCCAAACCCCCAGCCCCGUCUCCGAAGUCAGCGCCAAAGCGCUGCUCCUUCCGCCCCGGCCGCGCGUUCCACUACGGGCCGCACAGCGUGACGUACGAGGCGCCGUGCCUGCGGGAGACGUGUGCGAAUUGUCGGCGGUGGUAUGGGGGGAGUGGACUUGUUGUUGCGGAGGAGCAGGAGGAUGGGGAGGAUGAGGAGCGCAGAAAGAGAAAGAAAAUCAGAAAGCUAGAGGGAAAGGAGAAGAGAACAAGAAGACCCAACCAGCGCACUGGCACGCCCACGCUCACGCUGCGUCUGCGCUACCAACAGCCGCGCUCUACGCAGCCCGCGAAGAGAAAGGACGACAAGCCGCAGGAACCGCUGAAGGGCAUUCUCAAGCCUCCGUCACCGACGUUCGACAGCAAGGAGAGAGUGUUGGGCCGAGAUGCGGGAGGCAGAUAUGCGGGCGGUGGGGGGAGGGGGAAGAAAGUGCGGUUUAGGUAG